CAAUGACCGACCUCACAUGGCAAAUCGAACUGCAGAACUUCUUGACUCAUUCAAAUGAGAGAUUUUCCCACAUCUACCCUACAGUCCCGACCUAGUACCGAGUGAUUUUCACUUGUUCCCGAAGAUGAAGAACCAGCUAGCGACACAGCGUUUUGAUGACGACGACGAGCUCCGGGCGUGCAUCACUCAGUGGCUGAGAUCGCAGGUGGCGGAUUUCUAUGACGAAGGAAUUUCGAAGCUUGUCCACCGCUACGAUAAGUGCCUUAAUUUGUUUGUGGACAAAGUGUCAUUGUAUAUGAUAAAUGGUGUUUAUGAACAACAUAAAGGAAAAAAUUUCAAUCUUGUUGAUAAAGCUAUGUUAGAAGAUAUUUUGUUUGAUAUUUAUUAUGCAGUCCACAAAGAAUAUGUAGAUUUUCAUUUUGAUGUUGAAGAAGUUACUAAAGUGUUGGUUCAACUGUUGGGACAAAUAUUUUCAAAGUACACAAAAAAACAAAUUAACUUAAGGUCUGCAUUUACAAUUAUAGCUUGUCUAUCAUGUGAUAGACUGCGUAUGAGACUUGGUUAUAUGUUCCAGUUAAAUUGUCUUGACAACAAAUUUGGUUUAACAAAAGAAUACUUUAGAAAUUUUUUAAGGGAUCUCAGUUUACUACUUGAAUUUUUAUCAGAAAAAAUUUUAUUUGAAUCUUCAUCCUUAAACAGCAUCAUUGAUAAUUGCUUCCAAAAUCUCAACAAUCCAGAUUGUAUAAAUGAAGAUCAAUUCAUGCAAUGGUUUAUGACUGAACCUCCUAUUUUGGAGUGGUUACAAAUAUUUUACAGAAUAAAAAUGGCUGAAAAUGUUAAUCAUGAAGUUAAAUGCAAAGUUUGCAAAUUACCUGUGAAAGGUUUACGUUAUUUUUGUCUAAAAUGUGUAAAUUAUAAUCAAUGUCAAAAUUGUUUUUUAAUUGGUGCUACUAAUAAAAAACACAAAUUAAAACAUGCAAUGCAAGAAUAUUGUUGGUUGGAAACUCCUCAGCAGUUAUACACACAAUAUUUUAAAUCUUAUUUAGGAAGAAUUUUCGGGUUGACAUCAAAAAUUCGAUAUCUUCCUGUUGAAUUGCCCAGUGAUAUUAUUGAAUCAAGACAAAAUGCUUUGUGGACUAAAGAAUCUAGCACCACUUCGCUUGAUUCCAGCACAGUGAAAUCACCUCGCCAAGAAUUACAAAGUGUUAUAUCACAAAUUGAAAGAGAAAAUAGGUUGUUGGAAAUUGAAGUCAAUACAUUAAAACGAGGAGAUUCUCAGUUCGAAGCGUUUUUAGACCAACAUCGAAGCAAAAUCGAACGACAAUUAAUACGUCUUAAACAAUUGAAGAACCACUUGAGCGGUACGUUUGGACGCGGGAAAAUGAAACGCAUGCAAAGCACACCGCUCAUCGUGUCCCGACCCGAUCGCCAAGACAUUACCGCGGCAGCGGCCAACCUGAGCCCGAUAUUCUCCGUGAACUCGUCCAACGUGGCGGCGACGACGGCGGAACACAGCGGCCUGAGCGCUCUGAGCACGCUGUACGGCGAUAAGAUGGGCGAGUUCACGCUGAAGACCGGAGAGAACGAAUUUUCGCGGUGGCUGGGGCCCAAGAUUGCGGCCGUUCCGUGCGCGGCCGCCAAGAGCCAGUUGGACGGCACUUACAUCGAAAAGCCGUCGUCCGAAAUGCCGGCGACCGACCCGUCAGAUAAGGAGAACCGCGCCAAAGUGGCCGGGACCGACAGCGCCCGGCCCGACCACGCCGAGCAACCGGCUGUGUUGUCUGACAUUCAGAACAAGCGGAACGCGCCGCCGCGGCCCAGGAUUCCCGAGAAGUCGUCCGCCCCGGUCCGCAGGCAGACGUCGUGCGUUUGGCUGAACUCCAGCAGAGAGUACGCCAAGCAGCCGUCCAACGACGACGACAACAAGGAUAUGGACGAGUUGCACACCGAAUUGGACAAAAUAUUGGACCAGUUACAGAAAUUAGUGACCUAGGAACGAAGAGGAUAGAUUAAGAGACGACGAGUUCAUCGUUUUUCCUAUUAAUUUAAGUUCGCGCACAUUUCGUUUUUCUAUAUAUUUAUAUAUGUUUACAUUUAUAUCUGAUAGUCAACAACAACAUUCCCACAUGUAACCAUUUAAUUUAUUAACUCCAUAACAUUUUUGUAGAUAUCACAUUUUGUUUUAAGAAUGAAUUGCCAUAUUUUUAACAAAAUAUAUAUUUGUAUAAAAAAUAUAUUUAUUUAU